UCCCGCGGCCAGCAAAGCAGCAGUUCCAGUUCCGCAGCGCGACACGACGGACGAGCGCGCGCAUCUCCGACAGCGAAGAGGGCCGAGAGCACACGAAUAUACCUACACACAGGACUCAGCAGCAGCGGCAUAGAACACUCCGCGCUAUUUCGCUCCAGCACAUCGAGGAGGAGAGGGAGAGAGCCGUUUCGCGCUGCGCCUGGCGUCAGUCAUCCAGCUGCUGCUCACCUUAGCGCGAGCGCGCGUGCCAGUGCGCGAGGACGAGCAACCCCCGUGUGUGAGAGAGAGAGAGAGCUGAGCGUUGUUCCGAGAGGAAGGAUCGCUUUUCCCGCGAUUUUCGACGCGGGAACGAGAACGAGGGAGAGAAGAGCCGCGGAGAAGGUUACACUCCUAGCUGUUGUGUGUAGACGGUCGAACAGUCGUCGCGGGCUCUGCGGUGUUCGAUUGAUCGGCGCGCGCGCUGAGGGACACCCCUCGAGCAACAGCAGCAGCGGCCUGUAGAGAAGAGAGACGGCACACGUAGGCUAGACACAGUGUGUGUAUCGAGGCCGCCGACAACAUGAAGCUGUUGGCGCUCUGUCUGAGCAGCGCGCUGCUCCUCCUCGUCGGGGCCCAGACGAGCGUGCACAUUCUCUCCAAGUACGGCAACGGACAGCUGAUCACCUCGAGCAUCCUCGCCUGGAUACCGCACACGCAGUACAGCGCCAGCAAGACAUUGGUCAUCGGCGGCUUCGAGGUCGUCUCCGGCUCCGCAGCGGAAUCGUCCGAGCCGAGGGACAAGCAGGGCCGGCCGAUCUUCGUGUGCCGGGCGAUGCACAACGGCAACUGGGUGGCCGGAGGCCAGAAGCAGGGCGACAAGCACUGCAACGUCAGCCUGACCGGCAGCGUCGGCUCGUACGAGCGCUACCAGUUGCUGGAGAACGUCGACAAGGCCGCGCGGAUCAACUGGGAGAACUGGACCAAGCUCUACCAGACGCCGGUCGGGGCGGUCGCCACCAGCAAGUUCUUCGUCGCCAGGCACGCGGUGCACAUGGGCAAGUCCGAGAACGGGCAGGACCUGCUGCACAACUACAUCGGCACCCUCGACUCCCAGGACAGCCUCGGCGCCAUCUACUACGUCAAGGAGGACGGCACCGAGGGCACGGCCGACAACGGCCAGGUGCUCGUCGAGACCGAGCCCAUCAUGUACGAGCUGAACGCGGUGAAGCUGAACCAGCAGCGCAAGGUGCUGGCCAAGCGGGAGGAGCGCAUCCUCGGCCAGGCGACCAUCAAGAACGAGGCCUCCUCGCCGGGCAUGAUGGCCGAGGCCUUCAGCUACUCCUACCUCUACACGCUCUACUGGGGCCAGGGCCACGCGAUGAUCAAGGGACUCAACACCACCGUCAGCCUCCUCAACAAGACCCGGCUGAACGACGUCGACUGGGGCAUCCCCAUCAAGGAGAACCGCACCAACGUCCACACGGUGGAGAUCUACCUGGAGCCGGGCACCGCGGUCAACGUGACCCUGCGCGGCUACUACACCGACGCCGAGCUGCCCUACAGCGGCAAGCUGCACUCGCACUACAAGGACGGCGUGAUGCUCAACACGCGCACCAUCAGCGACGUCCGCCACGAGGCCACCCUCACCGACAUCGCUCCCGAAUUCGGACCCAUCUACUUCCUCGGCAACGACAGCCUCGUCCCCACGACCGUGCCGCCGCCGACCACCGAGCCCACCACCACCCCCGCCUCGACGACCCUGCGACUCACGACGAUGCCCCCGACGCGCCAGCAGCAGCCUACCGACCGCUUCGACAUCAACGACAGCACCGCCGAGGAGCAGCAGUACAGCAAGGAGAGCGCCGCGCUCGACGAAAACGCCAUCCUGGCCAAGCACGGCAUGCAGGGCGACGACGGCGGUCCCCUCUCGCUCAAGGACAAGGACGCCGGCCACUCCGCGGCCGGGCCCAGGUCCGCGCUGCUCGCGACGACGGCCCUCUUCGCGCUCCUGCUCCACCGGGUGACGUGAAGCAGCAGCGGCUAACAGUAGCGCGCGCACGGGAGCCUCGCCAAAGAUUUUCUAGGGAAACGGAUUCUCAUUCGCUUGCGCCGGCUUCGCACGCUGGCCGCGAUCGAUCGUCGACACAGAGAGAGAGAGACAGAGAGGAAGAGAGCAGGAGAGCCGGUGUACCAGUGCUCUGCAGCGCGCCCAGCAAUAGCCACCUUACACACACACACACACCUACACUUGCGCACAUUUAAACACGGUUAUCCAUGUAAACUACUCGGCGGCCGCGUCGAGUACUCGUAGGAGGUUUUUCCUUUUCUCUUGUUGUAUCCGCGAGAGCUGAGAAAUUGAGUGCGGAAGAAAGAGUGAAAGCGCGUGCGUUUGAUAUGCGGAAGAAGCGAGAGGGUUGUUCUCGUUCGUUCGAGGGUUUGUAAGAGAGAUGAUUGCGAGUGGCUGUGUCGGAAUCCGACAUAUGCUUGCCUUUCGACAAAAAAACGAUGAUGACGAUGACGAUUGUAAUAUUAGCUUGCGCUUUCGCUGGAGCGCCUCGUACACUGCACUCUUACGCGGGAGCUUUUCGCGCCGCGCGAGAAGAGACGCUCCGGCGAAGCUCACCACGCCGACGUAUAAGAGAAUGUAUAUUUAAACACGUAUUAGUAGCAAGAAGGUCUAUCAAUGAGCUAGUCUCUCACAAAGUAUUAAGUACAAGGAAUCGCGAGCCAAGGCGUUGUAAUAGCUCAGGAUGUUCCGCGCCUGAUUGUAAACAGACCGAUAUAUAGAUAACCAGUGCAUUACAUUCCGUCUGAUAAUGAUGAUGAUGAUGAUGAUGACGAUAUAUAAAACCUCUAUCGAGAUCCUCGAAAGCAAAUUAAAUAUACAUGUAUGCCUUUUGCCCACGACGAUCGACUAUUGGCGCGAAAAAGUUCGUUCGGCCAGAAAUUGUACUACUCGAAAGUUCUUUCCAUCUUCAUUGCUCGCCUUUUCGUACCAGCCAUUUUUCUCUCUUUUCAAUUGCUGCGUAUAAGAUAUCAUUGUAUACUUUUGGCGUGAGAAAUUCAGCGCACCUUCUUUUAUAAUUAGACAUUAUUAUAUUAUAUUAUUACUAUUGCUAUUACUAUUAAAUACUUCUAUUUUUUUUUUCAGUUAAGAGAAGCACCUUUAUAUUUUGAAUAAAAACUUUGUAUUGGUUAAUUGUAUACUUGCGUAUAAAAGUGUAAGCGUUAACUUUGAGAUGUCUAUUACACUAUCAUCGAGGUAUAUUUCGACUCGUAUAACAAGCUUUUUCGCAACUUCAGCGACCGCCGUUAAUAAAGUUUGAACCUAUCCUCGAACCCAAUAAAAAAUCGUUAACACAUAUAUAGAUGAAUAUAAUUAUAUAAAAGAAAAAAAAUGAUUAAAUAAAUAGCAUAUUAUAUGUACGCGGGCCUUCCUGUAAGGGGGUCGCGAAGCACAAGAGCUACCUUUAUUUUAGAUAUGCGCCACCUCGAGAUGAGAGUACGAUUACGAGAUAGGGGAGAGAUGAUUGUAAAACUUCAGUCAAGGCGAUAAAAGGAACAAAAAACAAAUGAAAACAAAGUGCGAUAAGCAGAACGAAGAUUAAAUAACACAGACAAAUAUGAGAACGGCCACGCUAUAUUUUUGAGAAUGCAGCAUAAUUUUAGACGUUUGUAAGGUUUGUAAGAGUAGCGAUGUAAGUAUUUAUAGCGAGUUGCGAGGGCUUAUGAAUUCCUAGUGUGUGACGAUGUCAAUCUUCUACAAGUGCGAGGUAGAAUGCGAGACUGCGUUUGUUCUCGGAGAUACGAGUUGCCUCUUUCGAGCGUCGAAAGAGAGAAAGAGUUCUGGAGUCGCGGAAUUCUCGUAUCGCGCGAAACGCGUCUUUUACGCCAGGGUCAAAGUCUGUCAGACUGAAGCGGAAAAACGUAUUGCUUUUAUUGCUAAAGCGUUUGUUAUUAAAUUUGAAGGCAAACAUUGUCGCAUGUUUCGUUGAUGAUUUUUGGUAUUUUUACGAAAGAAAUAGAAGCGAAGGGUAGGCAUCGAUGUUGUAAAUAUUUUAAGCUACAGGUUCUCCAUACGUGUAAUAAAAAAAUUUGUUAUUUCUUUAUUAUUUUUUACUCUCUCAAACUUUUACUUUAUGGAUGCGAUAGUUUUCGUUCGAUUUACAUUAUCCGUUGCAUACUAAACUUCGAUUGAUCGUUUCGUUAAUUCUGACGAUACAAAGGGAAACACAGAGCUCAAUUAAAUUAACAGUAAAAAUAUGCCAAGUCCUAAACAAUUGUGAUACACAGAUUCUGAGUUUAAGAAAGCAAAGAAAAAAACAUUCCGGUAUGGUUAAUGAUUGAUUGUUAUGAUUGCUGUUAGCAAUAAUUAUAAUGAAAUUAUAACGCAUGAAUUAUUAUCUUUAAAUAACAUUACUUUCGUGAGGAUAUGUCGACAGGACGCUGUAAAGUUAAGAGAAUUAAAGAGAACAGCUAGGAAAUGCUAAGAUUAAAAAUAUGUAGCCAAAUUCUUUUUGCCAAGUGAAAGAGAAUAAUUAUACGGGAACGCUAUCUCGGGAGAUAUUGAAAUUUCUAUCGAAGAAAAACCCAUUAUAUGCUUAAAAAGUGAAGAAAAAAAAUACAAACGCAUUUAUGACUUGCGAAAUAUACGCCAAACACCCUAAUAUCAAGCUUAUUUAAACGCGUGUACGUAAAUACAGAAACAGAAAUAAAUGUUAUGAUAUAUUGA